AAAUAGCAAAUAGACCUACAAAAUCCCAGAAAACAUACACGUUUAUCCAUCACUUGACGGCACUGGGUACUGGGUAUCAACAUUUUAGUAUGUGUCUCUAAAAGACAAGGACUCUCUUUAAAAGCAUAAUCACAAAUCCAUUAUCAUGUGUAAAAAGUUAUAAUUCCUUAAUAUUAUCAAAUAUCUAAUGAAUCUUUAAAACUCCUCUUAUCUCAUUGAGUUAUUUCUUACAGUUGGUUUCUUUGGAUCAGAAUCCAAACAAGGUCCAUACAUUGCAUUUUUUUUAAAUAAAUCUUUUCUUUCUUUUUUUUUCCAUGUUCUAGAUUUUGCUAAUUGCAUUUCUGUGCUGUCAUUUAACAUGUUCCUAUGUCCCCUGAAUUUCCUAUAACUUGUUUGUUAAACCUAAAGUUUCAAUCAGAUUUACAUUUACUUUUUUGGUCAAGAAUACAGGUGAUGAUAGACUUCUAUCAGGCGGCUCAUUGAUAUUCAUUUGUAUCUCUUCUUAUAUUAGUGGCAAUUGAUCAUUACCUAGAUUUUUUUUUUUAACUAGGAAUUUAUAAAAACAAUAUUCUAAGUAUGUAAUUUCUUCAUUUAUUAGUUGAAUUAUUUCAAUUGGGAUCCAUUUGUACUAACUAUUUGGUUGAGUAGAGGUACAGUUCAUAUAGGAAAGGCAUUUGAAAUGCUCGAUCCACUGAUUUUCAGAGAGUUGAUUCUCUUGUAUUCUCCAAAGGUGAUCAGUUUUUUUUUAAAUAAUUUUUAUUGUGCUUUAAGUGAAAGUUUACAAAUCAAGUCCGUCUCUCACACAAAAACCCAUACACACCUUGCUACAUACUCCCAAUUACUCUCCCCCUAAUGAGACAGCCAGCUCUCUCCCUCCACUCUGUCUUUUCGUGUCCAUUUCACCAGCUUCUAACCCCCUCCACCCUCUCAUCUCCCCUCCAGGCAGGAGAUGCCAACAUAGUCUCAAGUGUCCACCUGAUCCAAGAAGCUCAUUCCUCACCAGCAUCCCUCUCCAACCCAUUGUCCAGUCCAAUCCAUGUCUGAAGAGUUGGCUUCAGGAAUGGUUCCUGUCCUGGGGCAACAGAAGGUCUGGGGACCAUGACCACCGGGGUCCUUCCAGUCUCAGUCAGACUAUUAAAGUCUAGUCUUAUGAGAAUAUGGGGUCUGCAUCCCAGUUUUUUUUUUUUUUAUAUAAGUAACAUUGUUAACUCAGAUUUAAACAUUUUGCUGUGUUUCAGUCCAUUGCAAUUAUUUUUUAUUGAUGGCCAAAUUAUCCCAUCUUUGCUAAUGGAAGCCUCUUCAAUUUGGUUCCUAAGUCCUUUGGAUACAACCCCAGCAGUCUUUGGUAGCUUGUUUUCUGUACAUUUCCUGCCCCAUAGCUGGAGUCAGCUAUUCUCUAAGGAGUCCUGCUUCCUUUUAGUGGAAAAUGAUGUUUAAAGCCCAUAAUCAGGGUGCUAGAGGUGAAAGUACCAUCUUUUUUUAUUUUUUAAACAACAGUAAAGGUUUAUUAUCUCAUGUGUUUUCUAAGGGUCAGAAUUCCAGCGUGGUUUAGUUGGAUAGUAGUGGCUUGGUGUCUGCUGUCAAGAUCACUCACUUCCAUAGCUAUCAAAUUGAUGCUGGUCAUUAGCAAAAAAUCUCCAUUCUUCACCAUGUGGACCUUUUCAUAAGGCUGCUGUAGUGUCUUUAUGUUAUGGUCUUUGGCUUCCCCAGAACAAGUGAUCCAGGACAACCAGUAUCAACUUUUGAUUCCUUUCCCUGCUACACAAUAGACUGUACUGCCCUGGCUGUGGAUCCAGACUACCUGGUGCUAUGUGGCAUUAAUUAAGUUACUUAACCUCUUUGUGCUUUCCUUUCCUUGGCUAUAACGGUGAGAUAAUGAGAGUACCUGCUCUGAGGUCUUUUUGAAGAUUCAGGGAAUUAGAACAGUCUCUGAUACUUUGUGAGCACUUACAGUAAGCACUCAGCCUGCUGCUGCCGUUACUACCACGACAGAGAUGAAUUGAAGACCCGAAACCUAGUCAUAAGUUGCCACUGACAGAAAUAUUCUUCCUUACUAUCUGUCAAUUAUUGCCAUGACAAAAAAACUGCUAUAGAUUCUAGAUAUCCCAAGUAUAGUAGAUCAGUGAUUAGAGAUUUUAUAGCUAUACUGGAGGAUUCUUUAUUCCUAAUUUGUGUUCAUGUAGAUUUUAGUACAGGCUUUGUGUCCAUGUAAUGUAUGUGAACCAGGAAGCAGCCAACCCCCCCCCCUUUUACCUUUAUAUGUUAAAAUAAUUAUAGAUUCACAAGAAGUUGCAAAAAAAAAAAAAAUGUACAGGGAGGUCCAGUGGACUUUUCCCCCAGAUUACCCCAAUGGUAACUAACAUCUUGUGUAACUAUAGUACAGUAUCAAUUUUCAGGGAUCCAUUUUCAUUUAGCAGAAAUGACUGAACAACAAUUACGUGGGAGCUGUUGAAUGUAUAAAGGAUUAAACUCUGAUCUUGAGCACUCGAAUCCUCUGUGGGUUCUUAUCAUUACUUUUCUAAAAAUGUUCUUGAUUUUGGCUCUUCAUUAUUGAAAUUUACAUUAGCAGUUCCUUCAGUGUUAAACACUGUGUUUAUUCCUUACCUUCCUGUUUACUUUGUUUUAAAACAAUUUUUGCAUUGUAUCCCUAUCUUUCAUUUAAAACCUUUCCAGCAUCAGAACCACGUUGCCUGCAUUGUCUUUUUUUAAUCACGUGCCAGUUUUGCAGUGCUACCAAGUCUGGAUCUGAGAGGCAGCUUGUGUGAAUCAUUUACAUACAUUUCUGUUUAUAUUCCCCAAAGUAAUUUGCAACUUUACAUUUUUUAUCCACUUACAUGUUCAAAGUAGAUUUUUAAUAAUUUAUUUUAAGAAGGAAUUCAUCACAUGUAGAAUUUAAAAUCUAACUCAAAAAGCAGAAGCUGUUGAACAAUAGCAGAAACCAGACAAUAUAUAGGACUUUCAGUAGUGAUUGUUAAAUAUUUAAAUGUUCCCAUGUUUGUAAGUCCAUGCAUCUAUGUGUGUCUCUACAUAUUUAUUCCACCAGGGAUUUGCACAGAUACGUUUUGCACAAUAUCCUUGCUGUUAUUGUCAGCCAUAAACAAAUUACACGUAUUUAACAAGUUAAUGUCAGAUUGGCCAGGAGCCACUGGGAGGUGUGUGCUUAGUGACAUCAGCUGGCAAAGAGCCCUGGUUACAGGAAGAGCUGGAAGUGUAGUGGAGAGAGAGGGAACGAGAGGGAGGGAGAAAAAGGGAGAGACAGAAAGAGACUGACUGUAUCUGGGGAUUCUGGCAAGGUGAAGAGCUGGUCUGUUUGGCAGGACCUUCCCAUCUGGGAUCCAUCUGUGUUUCCCUGGAAUGGGACAGGCAGCUCUAGUCAGUGAGAAAUCGCAGAUGUGAGAGAGCUGACACAUGUCCAGCUAAUGAAAGAAGGAGGAAGGCUGGUUUCAGAUUGGGCUUUGAAGAUUAGGAGGAGAAAAAGAGGAGUUUUUUAAAUAUCUAUUUCAAAUAAAUUUGGUAUAUUAAUCUGGAUUGUUAUAAUCUGGUCAUUUGGGGUAAGUACAUUUUAAUUUAGUUUUGGGGGGCUAAAGUGAGCAGUUCUCUGCCUUUCAAAGCUCUUUACUUGCCUCAGAUGAUGAUAUGUGAAUGUUUUUGAUAUUUGAUAUGAGUUCAGGCUUUACUCAGUUUUGUUUUGAAGCUUCAUUUUGUUCAUAUUUCUAUCUCAUUUUUCAGUUGCUGCUUUUAUAUUUGAAUGCCGUGCUCUUUUGAAUGGAAACUUCAGCUAAUAAUCAGAUGUAAUGUACAAAUUCUACAGAAGAAAAUGUAAUCCCACCAGUAUUUCUAUAAGGUGUUCCACAUUGGGUCCUUCUGUAAUGUUUUGAGGGAAUUUUUUCUCCUUUAAUAUGCAUAAUACUGAUAGGCAGUGUUUCAAAGAUAGCUCAUAAAAAUAUUCUUUCCUAUUGUCAUAUUUUAUCUCAGUGUAUUCAAACAAAUUACAACUAGCAGAUUGCGGUAAAACUAGCAGUAUCUUUUAGUGUUAGAUGUAUUUAGCUUUUUUUUUUUUAAUUACAUUUUGCCCCUAUGCUAUUUUCUUCCUAGGUACAAUAUUUAACAUCAACAAAUCUGACUUGAAUUGUGAGUUUGGAGUAGUUUUGUGAUGCAAUAAAUUCACAUAUAUAUAGCUACCAUAUUCUAUAGUCCUUGUUUAUGAUGCACAUUUUAGCUUUUCAGGCCCUCCAAAUUCAUACCAAAUCCAGGUGCCUGUGGAAAGAGCGUGGGUUUGGGAGUUACACAUACUAUAGCCAUUAUUCAUUAGUUCUCUGAUCUCAAGCAAGCUUCUUAUUCUCUUUGAACCUCUAUUUUGUGUAAUUCUUGCCUGAUGUCAUUAUUGGGGAAAUUUGUCUGGCACAUAGAAAGCACACAAGUUCUUAGAUGUUCAUUUUUCUGCUGCAGUUGGUUCUUAAACCUUUUGCAUUUUUAACGUCAACUAUUGGUUUAAGGAUUGGUCUUGUCUACAGCUCUAGUUUUUAGGGAAUCCCUUCCUCUCAAUGCACCCACCUCCCAGAUCUGUUAAAAAUGUUAUAUGCUCUCUUUGCAAGCCUCACUAUGAUUUAUAAGUGGUUUGGAAAGCACCCUAAGUAUUGUAAUGCUAAUCAGCCUGUUAGACUAUACCAGAACAGAAGAACUUUGAAAAAGUCAACAAGCAGGAGUAAGGUACUGAAUUUUUACUGCUUUGUGAUAACCAUGUUUAUGUUGCCUUUUUUUUUUUUUUUCCUUCCUCCUCCUUGAAAAUUCUACUAAUUCUCAAAUAGGAACUUUAAAAAAAUACUUUUUAUUCCUUAAAGUUCUUCAGCCUUCAUUGGGUAAUUAUUUUAAGAAGACAGCAUAGUACUAUUAAGUUCUUUCAGUUUCAAAGUCAGUUUUCUUCGAGAAUUUUUUAAUGGACCUUUUUACAAGUUUUCUCUUAUGCCACAUUGACUAAAUUAAGUUAGAAUUUUCAGGCUUCUGUUUUGUUAGGUGCCGUAUUCAGCAUCUUUGGGGACUUUUUUGAGUAUUUGAGAAGAUACAGUGUUUAUGUUGAAUCUACAUUUUGCUCUUCAGUGAGCAAACACUUUCCAUUGCAUCCCAGGAGACAUGCUUCUAGGGGUGAUUGAGGAGAAAAGGACUUGAUGCUGAAGUCCUGUAGCUAGGCUCUACUGUAAAGGGCCUCAAAAAAAGGAUUUGCAUACCACUGUGCCUCCAUAUGGAAACCCUGGUGGUAUUGUGGUUAAGAGAUAUGGCUGCUAACCAAAAGGUCAGCAGUUUGAAUCUACCAGGCACUUCUUGGAAACUCAAUGGGGCAGUUCUACCCUGCCCUAUAGGGUCACUAUGAGUCGAAAUCAGCUCGACGGCAGUGGGUUUGGUAUGUCUCUAUAUAGAAACACUUUUGAUGCUAGACUUUUAAGAACCAUAAGAAAUGAUAAGCGAUAAGCAUUUUAAUAUGUGAAGAUUCACCAACCACAAAUAAAGGUGAUUGAUUAAAAGUGCUGCCAAGACCAAGAGUAGUUGCUUGUUUUUGAGAUAAUAACCAAAGUAUCUUUUGAGUUGAAUACUGGUGAAAAUCUUAGUACUUUCUGAAGACAAAGUAUUCUGAGAAGCUUUGCUACUAUGAAAAGAGGCAAUUGGUUUCUAGGUGUGACCCAACCAAAGAUUGCCUUGCAGCAGUGAGCCAUGUUGGACCAAAGGUAUAUGGUGCAAUAAUGUCAAUAAAUUGGAGAUGAAGAUGAUGACAUUUAAAUUGCAUCUUUGGAACAUCAAGGAAGAAUGCUUUGGAGUUUGAAUGAACAUUUUUUUAAUACAUGAUUGGAAGAAUUCAUUUGGAUCCGAAAGAUAGGUUGGAUGAGUUUGUUGAAGAUUGUUUUAAGGCCAUCCAGUGCUAAAAUUGAGAGGAUGGUGGAGGACCAGGCAACGUUUCGUUCUGUUGUACAUGGGAACGCUGUGAGUUGGAGCCAGCUCAAUGGCACCUAACAAUGAACACUGUGUUAAAAGUACUUGUAAGUCACCAGUGAUGACCUGUUGAAAAUGGUAGGGUUGUAAAGUAUCUUAAGGAUAAUCUAGUCCAACUCAUUAUUUUACAGAUAAGGAAAGUUGAGGGAAGGGUAAUGGAGUAGUAAAGAGCCUGCUAGGUCUAGAAUUUUAAUACCCCAGUUGGUGGUGGGGCUUAGACUGGAACUUUGUUCUGAGUUUCUAGGAUAUCCAUUUAGGAAACAUUUUUGAUUACCUGCCAUGUGUGACAAUAUGGUAAGGGAUAAAAAAGAUGAAGUGUCGUAGAGGAGAUAAACGAUACACGAAUGCAUAAAAAUGAAUAAACCCUGGAAAUUACUGCCAACUAAGGAGAUCCAGAGAGCCUUCAUGAAGGAAGUAGCAUUUGAUUAGGACUUAGAAGGACAGGAAGGAUUUAGACCCCUCGUGUUUGAAAGGAGCAUAGUAAGUGGAUAAAAGUUCACUUUCCACUAGACCUGAACCUUUCCAAAAGCCUUCAGGCUUUUUGUCAAGUGCGUAAUUAUACAGUGUUAAUUUCUAUUACGCUUUGAAGUAUGCCUAGCUGUUGUUGCUAUCUUUCUAAAUCUAAAGUAAUUGUUUGCUUCUGAGAGACUUACCUAUGUAUAUACAUGUUCCCCCCUUACCCUCCCCCUUUUCUUAAAAAAAAAAAAAAAACUUGCUUUAUACCAGGAAGCUCUAUUUUAAAAGGUUUCUACUAUGAUGGGCUGUAUGGUGGCUGGAAUUCGUGGUGGCUGUAUCUCGUAGAAAAACAACCUAUUAUAACUGGUUUUUAUAUUCUCACUGACUGAUGGGCUUUCUAAACAGCAUUUUAUUUUUAAGACCUACGUGGUGACACAGAUUUAUGCUAGGAAACUUCACAUGCGUGUGGGUUUACUUUCCUCAAGCAUGCCAGAGCCUGCAAUAGCGGCUCUUUGUGCUUCGUUGAAAGGAACAGCUAGUGGAAAUCCUGUGAUCAUUCAAACCUGAACACUUCUUAGAGAUGCCUGGCAAGGUAGGGUGCAGUUCUGUACAGUAUAUGUUUGUACAUUUGUCUGCAGUUGCUUCUUCCAGCUGGAGCUCUGAAAUGAAUGGAGUGUGUACUUUCAUUUGGUUGUAGUAGUUAGGGCAGGUGGAGGAAAGGCAGUGGAAAGAUGGUGUGUAGGCUUUGGCAUCAGGCUGUGUAACCAUGAGCUAAUUCACCUCUAUGUCCCAGUUUUCUCACCUGUAAAAUGGAAUUUAAAAUAGAUGUUACUGUGAGUUUCUGAGGAUUAAAUUAGAAAAUAACCAGCCUCCUUGCUAACAUGCGUGUGGAUUUACUUUCCUCAAGCGUGCCAGAGCCAAUAAGAUUUAUCUCUCCAUAUUUUUUUCUUAGUGCCCACCUCCCAAAAAAAUCAUAGCCAAGAUAACUAAAAGACUUAGUUGAAAUAUAUUUCUUGCCUUUUUUUUAAGUAUGUCUUUCCUCGGUUUGACAGGCAACCAAUCCUGCCUUCCUUAACUAAUUCUUAGUCGUGGGAGAGGGAUGUGUGUAGAGAAUCCAGCAGCCUUAAAACUCAAACCUGUUGCUGGGUGGCAAGCUGUUAAUGGUUAGGGACCUUGCGUUACUUACCCUGCUGGAAGAGCUGGGGGAUGGGCUGCUUUGAGGGUGACAGAUGUGCCCUCUGCUGCCGGCGGGCGCGUGCCGGCUCUGUCCCUCUGCUCUCAGCACCAGGUGCAGCCAUUGUUCUGGCUGGUCUCUCUUCAUCCGGCCUCGUCUGUUACUCUGCUCUUUCUAGCUCAUUGUUUCUGUAGGAAAUUAGCAUUAAAAACCCAUCUGAAACCCCCAUGUCCCUCAACUGCAGGUGACUGUUAUUGGCCCCAGCUGCCACCCUUGCGCUUGAUUACUUCCAUAUGGGUCUGUGCAAAGACGUAGUAGCCAUUUAUUGAUUUCCACCACAACCCCCACCUCUAUUACUCAAAUGAUAAUACCCUGAAAUCUAUUAGACCCCCAAUAGGCUGUAUAGCUCAGUUGGCACUGCAACUGUGAAGAACAUUUUACAAGCAAAACUAAUUAUACUCUUUCUCCCUCCUUCACUGCUGCCUACCUAAAUCUUAAAUGUAGAAAAUCUAGGGUGUCAUAAGUAGAAUAGUAAAUCUUUUAAAUGCCUGGAGAUGAAUCUGUUUCUGAGUAGUAAAGCUUUUAGACUUUGGAUGGGCUUUUAUGGAAAAUUUUAGUCACUGCUUUAAAUAUUUCAUACCACACCCAUGAACAUUCGAGCAAACCAUGGCCAGUAAGUCCCUAGGGUGCAGGCGGGUGAUACAAGAAUUUCUGUCAUUUUUUUGUUGUUGUUGGUUUAUUAAGCUUAAUCCAGAGUGGGUAGUACCUUAGAAAAGGGGCCUAGUUUAAAGUGAUAAUAUGUUUUGUGGGAAAAACUGAGUGCAAUCAGAAUUAGUUAAAUCCUUUAGUUUUGCAUUAUUUUGUUGUUCCUCUUCUGUGUUUGUACAAAUGGUUGUUCCGGUGUACUUAUUAGAAUAAAAAUACCACAGCGGGGAGGUUGAUGUCCUAGACCUCUUUCUUCCUUAAUCAGGAAACAAAUUAAGUGUUCCAUUUCGGUUAUUGUUUUAAAUCGAGUUGUAAUCUCAAACAGGUAAUUUAAGUACCAGGUAAAACUCUAAGUAGAAAUUGUAAAGUCAGAAGUUGUUAUUGGCACCUCAUGAAUUGUAUUGUGACCUGACAGAGUCACUACCCAUAUCUGUGCUCCAUCUGUGAGGAGGAGAUUAGAUACAUUGUUUUGUAUCUUUUAGGGGUUCCAGUGAAGAGUAUACAGUCCUGAUAACCUUUACAGGUAAACCAGUCUAGGAAAUAAAAGCAGUUGACUGCUUUUAAGUUUUUAGCCAUGCAACUUAAAGAAAAAACCUUGAGUUUACAGCAUUUCACAUUAAAUUAUUUGAUAAUACUGACAUUUAAAACAACAGUUUCAAUAUUUUAAACUUAGUUACAUGGAUCUUUUAUCGUAAAUAAUAUGGAACAUGGGGCCAUUUCUUUUGGGGAAAUGUCUUUUUGCCUUUCUUCUUUCUUCCCCUUUCUGCUUUGGAAUUUGGAAAGGUGCUAGGAUUGGAAAAGCCCCUGGCACUAGCGUUUUACCUGAUAGCUCCUCCUAUGAAGGCAAACCUCCAGGUAAGGUGGUGAGAUUACAUUUAUAACAGGUUAGACUUUUUAGUGUUUGAAGAAUCUUUGGAGAGUUUUUUAAUCUGCCCCCUCAUUUUAAGCAAUGGAGAAAUGGGAGGUCAAGAAAGAGGAGAGUUGAGAUUUCAAGCUGGAUCUUCUGAUUUCAGAUUAAAUGUGCUUUCAUUUGAAGUUUUGAGCUAGUACAAGUUGGGGCUGAUUGUAGGCAUGAUAUUGCUAGAGAUCUGAUUGUCUUGAGGUAUGUGCAUUUUUUUUUUAGUUUUUCUUUUUGGUGCUCAUGUAGAGUGCGGGUUUCCUUUCAUGAGAUGUAUGAAGAGAAUUUUUUUUUCCAUUUUGUAUAGGCACUCCAGAAACAAAGUCAGAUAGGAAGAGGAGUUUGCAGUCUAGUGUGAAACUAAUUUUCGAUUCAUCCCUUUUAAUUUCAGUAAGUUGGCCUUUACCAUUUCUAGGGCUAAUGUCACAAUGAAGCUCACAGUAGCAUUUUUUUCUUGAGUAAGAACUGUGUUUUCAUAAGCAAAGCAGGCUUAUGCUGCCUCAAGUAGAGAAGCAUAGAAAAUAACCACCUGUGCUUAAAUUGCCCAGAUAACAUUUAUGGUAGAGACUCUUCAACAGGGCUGGGACUGGUGUGAGGCAAGUGAGUCUCCUAUGGUGUACAAUUUAAGGCACCUCUUGUCUUACUCCAGUCUCAUCAGGCCCUACUCUUCAGUAAUGUCUGAAGUAGGAUGAUAGAAGCAAACCUUGUGCUCGAUCUUGUAGAAAUGUCCUUUCUUUUUUUUUUUAGAGAGUGAAUGAAAUUAAAGUGCUUCCCUACUGCUUUAGCCAAGGUGGACCAUCUCUAAAACCAAAUAUUUUCUUGGUCCUGAGAAAAGGGUACCAGCAAUGCCUGGAUCGCCUGUGGAAGUGAAGAUACAGUCAAGAUCCUCACCUCCCACCAUGCCACCCCUCCCACCAAUAAAUCCCGGAGGACCGAGGCCAGUGUCAUUUACUCCAACAGCAUUAAGCAAUGGAAUCAACCAUUCUCCUCCAACCCUGAAUGGUGCCCCAUCGCCACCGCAAAGGUUCAGCAAUGGCCCUGCCUCUUCCACAUCCUCUGCACUGACGAAUCAGCAAUUGCCAGCCACUUGUGGUGCUCGGCAGCUCAGCAAGUUGAAGCGCUUCCUCACCACUCUCCAACAGUUUGGCAAUGACAUCUCACCUGAGAUUGGGGAGAAGGUGCGGACUCUUGUCCUAGCGCUGGUGAACUCCACAGUGACAAUUGAAGAAUUCCAUUGUAAGCUCCAAGAGGCCACAAACUUUCCUCUUCGUCCGUUUGUGAUUCCAUUCCUCAAGGCAAACCUGCCCCUGCUGCAGCGAGAACUGCUGCACUGUGCUCGGGCCGCCAAGCAAACCCCGUCUCAGUACCUAGCUCAGCACGAACACCUCCUGCUCAACACAAGUAUCGCAUCGCCUGCUGACUCUUCUGAGCUGCUCAUGGAGGUGCAUGGAAAUGGGAAGAGGCCCAGUCCUGAGAGGAGAGAAGAGAAUAGUUUUGAAAGAGAUACGAUUCCUCCUGAGCCUCCUGCCAAGAGAGUGUGUACCAUCAGUCCUGCUCCCCGACACAGCCCUGCCCUCACUGUGCCCCUUAUGAAUCCUGGGGGCCAGUUCCAUCCCACCCCUCCGCCUCUUCAGCACUACACCUUAGAAGAUAUUGCAUCUUCACACCUGUAUCGUGACCCCAACAAGAUGCUAGAACAUCGAGAAGUUCGUGACAGACAUCACAGUCUUAGCCUAAAUGGAGGCUAUCAAGAUGAGUUGGUAGACCACCGUUUGACAGAAAGAGAAUGGGCUGAUGAAUGGAAACAUCUUGAUCAUGCCCUGAAUUGCAUUAUGGAAAUGGUAGAGAAAACAAGGCGUUCCAUGGCAGUUCUGCGGCGCUGUCAAGAAUCUGAUCGUGAAGAACUCAACUACUGGAAAAGGCGGUAUAAUGAAAACACAGAGAUGAGGAAAACGGGGAGCGAGUUGGUCUCCAGGCAGCACAGUCCUGGGAGCGCAGAUUCCCUCGGCAAUGAUUGCCAGCGAGAGUUCAACAGUAGGCCGGGAACAGGAUAUGUACCUGUGGAGUUUUGGAAAAAAACUGAAGAAGCUGUGAAUAAGGUGAAAAUUCAGGCCAUGUCUGAAGUACAGAAGGCCGUCGCUGAGGCAGAGCAAAAAGCCUUUGAAGUGAUUGCAACAGAGAGAGCGCGGAUGGAGCAAACCAUAGCGGACGUCAAACGGCAGGCUGCAGAAGACGCCUUCCUCGUCAUAAAUGAGCAAGAAGAGUCAACGGAGAACUGCUGGAACUGUGGCCGCAAAGCCAGCGAGACGUGCAGCGGCUGCAAUAUCGCACGAUACUGUGGCUCUUUCUGUCAGCACAAGGACUGGGAGCGGCACCACCGCCUCUGUGGCCAGAACCUGCACGGCCAUAGUCCUCACACCCAAAGCCGGCCACUGCUUCCUGGAGGGAGGGGCGCCUCAGCCAGGUCAGCCGACUGCAGUGUGCCAAGUCCAGCCCUGGACAAGACUUCUGCGACCACCUCACGCUCCUCAACUCCUGCCUCUGUGACAGCCAUCGACACCAAUGGGCUCUGAGCCCCAGACUCCAGUUAAUCCUGAUGACCACUCAGCUAGACAAAGCAUUUGUUGAACCACAGGUGGGGGGUGGCUGUUUGAACCAGCACAAGUAGCUGUUGGGUCAUCAACAAGAAAUGAACUAGAGGCAGGAAAAGUGUAAGCCUCUCCGGGCACUUGUCCCAGUUCCCCAUCAGCUGUCUGUAUCCUCGGGGGAACCGUAGUGCCAUUCUCUCUCCGCACAGGCAGCGGGCUUGAGCCACCUGCCCCGUGGCAUUCCUGGUUUGUUCCUCUCCCAGCUGAAGCUGACAUAGCCAGCUCCUUUUCAGUGUAGACCACCAGCUCCUUUUCCUGCCUCCUUGAAGCAGCAGACUCUGAUGUGCCCAGCCAGGCUGGAGGCAGCUCGUCCCAUGCACCAUUUCCUGCUCCAUCCAUUGUCCUCAUAUGGCCCGGAGGCUGACAGCAGGCCGUGGAGGGGGCACCCCGCAACAGGAAAGGGCCCGCUCUCACCCUGAAUUCCUUCCUUGAGCCCCCUCUCUGCCCUCAGCAGAUGACACUGAUUGGCUUCACAGGGACUCUGGCAGGCAAAAAGCGUUCAGGACUCCCUCCUCGGCCCUGCUGUUCAGACUUAGGAGUCUCAGAAACAACGGGAAAGAAGUCAGCAUUUCAUUAAAAUCACCUUUAGUAAGAAAAAAUAGACUUCCACCAAGUAUCACGGAUCAUUUUGGACAAGACCUUCCAGCCCGGCUGGCUAGUUUGAGACCUAUUUUGUUGUUGUUGUUUUUCCCUCUCAUUUGACUUUGCUUGUGCAGAAAAUCAUUUCCAGCGCAUGGAUUGGUCUGGAAGAGAAUAAGACUCAGUUGUGGAUAUCCUGUUUUCUCUGAGCAUGUUGGCCAAACGAGUAUAAUCAGAUUAUUGAAUGGAUCAUCUAUUGGAAAUACAGACCCUUUUGUCAGCGCUUGACUGCACAGUCGUCUCGUUCUGUGUCCUUUUAUUUCUCCAAUGGCGCAUGUCAGGAUCACUGUGGAUCUUCUCAUGGCCUCUGUUUGGCGCCUCUUGAGCUACAGUGGUCCCACAGGAUGUGAUGUGGUGUAUUGGUAGGACUUGCGCCACCCAUCAAGGCCUAAUCACAUCUGAGCAACCCUUCUGGACCCAAAAGAGUUCUUUAGACCUCAUAGCUUUGUGUUGGGCAUACUAUGUCCAUCUAACAGCCGACCACAGGUUACUGUUAGACAUACAAUCUCAGUCUCCCUUCUCUUGUCUAAUACCUUCCCUCUUUUGGCUGAGAAGUUUUGCGAAAUCUGAGAACCAUUUUGGGAGAGUCUGACCAAUCUGUCAUCAGGGAGUUUUCCCGCUGCGUAACUGGCUCUCCUUGUGCCCAAGUGUAACAUUGCCUAGCCCUUUGUAAAAUGCUGGGAACUCCCAUACAUUUUUCCCUGCCAGUUCAGGUUUUGUUGGGAACCCAGGGACCUUGACCCUCUUUCUACCUUUGAGCCUCCCGCACACAUGCCUAUAUUUACUUAAGAAACAGGGUGUCUCUUGAUCACCUUGAAGCAGUCGUGGAGCCUGUAAAUCAGUUAGAGCGAGAAGGUGUCUCAUGGUGUGCACGGGUCUGUCCUUGGCUCACUGUGCUUUCAUUGGUAACACCAGUUGGAUGAACACCUAGGCAGGUUUUUUAAAUCUCCAGUGGCCAUAAGACUAGCCAGGGUGGCUCAGGUUUUUAAUGGUUGUAAUAAAGAGUCAAAAUCAACAAAAUAAUAUUUACCAGGGCUUAAUGUCAAUUUCCACAGUUAAGGUUUGAGUUUAGUGUGUGGGUCCUGGCCUACUUUUGUGGGCUCUGGUUCCAAUGACUGUUUGGUUUUCAGAGUCUUUGAAGGACUCUGCAUUGCUUGUGUGCCUCCCCAGAAGCCAAUGGGAAAACCUGGGUAUAUUACACACUGUAGUUGAAUUCUCAGACCUUCUGCUGUGUUAAUUCUGGUCAUUUUCACAUGGGGGUUGCUAUUCAGAUUUAAAGAAUCCCUUUCACUAACUCUCUCCUUUAGGAAGUCGUCCCCCAGCUCUCUGGGAGGUGUGAGGAGCAUGGCCUGAGUGGCCAGGGGCAUGCUUGAGGAGCCGAGUAAGUCCAGGUUCCCCACUUGGUUCCCAGCCUCUGCUGAUAACCACCUCAGCUACCAGGCUGGAACUGGAAGUUCAGGCCCCUCACUCAUCUACAGUUAGAUUUAUUACUGUUAGUAUAUUCAGGCUCUUUAGAGGACUAGGCUUGGCAGUUUAUUUGGGAGGACAAAAAAGUCAAAGAGGGGCUUAGGGUCGUGGUGUUACUGAAAGUACUGUCAGGUCGAUCACAGGCUCUUCGAUAAUAUCCUAAAAAUCAGCGUGUCUGGUGGAUGAGGCAGGUGAUAGGAUAUCAUGGCCCUCUGCCAAAUAAAGAAUGGUUACAGGAACCAGGCAAGACCAAAAAACGGGGGGGGGGGAGUUGCGAUUGAGUUGAUCCUGACUCAUGGUGACUCCAUGUGUUUCAGAGUAGAACUGUGCUCCAUAGGGUUUUCAAUGGCUUUCAGUAGUAGGUUGCCAGGCCUUUUUGCCGAGACACCUGGGUGGAUUCAAACCACCAGCCUUUUGGUUAAUAGCCAAGUUCUUAACCAUCUUUGCCACCCAGGAACUCAGACCAAAGGGCGACCAAAAUGGGACCUAUCCUUACAUGUUCUGAGAGAUGUUUGAGGGCAGGGUCAUCAUGACUUUGGUGGUCCUUUGGGUCUCCCCACUGGCCAACACCAUGUCUGAGUCCAUCCAAUGAGGGAAAGUGACUCUCGAGAAGAAGCAGUUUAAGCACUUCUGCUCAGGAGGAGGUAGCCCCCCUUGUGAGAGGUGAGCACUCCACCUUGAGAGGGGUCCCUGCAGCUCCAGGAGUGGAGCUCUAGCAGAUCUCAGGCAUGGUCCUGCAACCUGAGAUCACAGAUGGGUGGUUCUUCUUUAGGACAGUGCUGAGUCAUGAAUGUCUCCGAUGGUUCCUGGGUGCAAUGGUUGAAGACUGGAAGGGUCCAUGGCUGGGCAGACUGCUGCCCUCUGCAGGGUGGAUAUCCUUUGCCCAUCUGGGCUGGUUGCUCCUCACUUCUGGUUGUCAACUGAGCAUCUUCAGAUUCUAGACAAAAAAUCGUCACUUGGCUUUGUACAGCCUUAUCUCAAAGCUGACUUAUCUCCUGGCUCUAUGAAGUGCUUGCAAAGGGUGUAGACAUUGUUCUGGGUAGCACCAGAAGAUAGCUCAGUAAGUGGGUUUGAAGUUUCAACAACACAGUUGGAAUUCUUUUGUGGUAGUUCUCCAGAAUGGAGGAGACUGAAAACUAGAAGGGAUUAUGGAUUGAAUAAAUCUUUUUUAAACAGAACACACCUUGGAGGCUUUCUUCAGAACUGCACUAGAACCAAGGUUUCCAGGCUCCCAGGUCAGUAGACUAAGCCAACUUUCUUACAGAUUUUAGGCUACUUACGAAGAACUGGGUGGUGGCAUGUUUGAACCAAAUGUAAGAAAAUCCUGAGGCGCCUAGACUGUUCCAGCAUGAGCCAGAUGCAAGCUGUCAGAGGAGUCCUACCCGGGCUGGGGUGGAGUGCUGGGCAGGCUGCUGAGUAGGGAGGGCCCUUCCAGCUCUGAGUGUCUGGUUCUUGUGAAACCAAAACGUUGACUAUCUGCCCACGUGCAUUAACCUGCUCAUUCCAAAGACGGUGGUGCAGGUGACCUCUUCCCCACCAGCCAGGAGAAGGUUGAGAGGCCUGAGGGAUUUAUGCAGCCCCCUUCCCUCUCCACAACCCCAGAGAUGGAGCGCCCCCUGCAGGCCCCAUCUGCUCAGGCCUACAACUGCCCAGUGUACGCUCUUGAUGCUUAUACCAAAUAGGGCAUGCGCGCUGGCAUCUGUCAGGGACAGCCAGUCCCUGCUCGGAGUCGGCAGAGAGAAGCAGCAAUAAGCAUUAGGUGAAUGGCUGAAAGGGCUGUUUGUCCUAAGAGGCCUUCGGUCCACUUUUGCAGCUUUCCAAGUUUGUGAUGAGGCUACAGAGGGUCCGUCCAUCAAAGAAAGUCCAGAACGUAAAUGAACAGAAACCUAAGCCUCCGAGCGUGGUUUUUAAAGGGGACGAUGAAUGUGAAGCCGCAGGACGCGUUAGAGUCUGGUUUUGUGCUUUUGUCAUUUUACUCCGAUAGGAACUUUUGUUACUUAGCUCUGUGCAUAAAUUAUUUAAUGUGCUGUAUAAAUGAACCGAAACUGU